CAUUCCAGUCUGGAAUUGCGGAGAAUCCCUACCAUAGCUUGGGCAUAGCUUUGAUGUGAAGCUUUUCCAUUCGCAUCCUGUACCAUCUCAGAAGUUUAUUUAAACAACGACUGGCCUGCCAGACUGCUCCAUCAUGACGAGUCGAGCCUUUCCCCAGUCUCGCAAGAUUCUUCUUCGACCCGACCAAGCCCUUGAACCGCUCUGCACCUAGCGGCCUGCUUUACCCUCUCGCAAAGAUAUCAGUCCACCGAGGGGAAGUAAACACGAUGCAUUCCAACUUGUUUACAAACCUCUUAACUUUAGUCCCAGUGCUGGGCAACCUAGCAUUGGGAUAUAAAGUCCAGACUCCUCCGCUUGAUACUGAUUGGACCUACUCCGUUGGAACAGAUCCUUGGCCGGAAUAUCCGCGCCCCCAGCUUCAACGAUCUGACUGGCAGAGCUUGAACGGCAUCUGGAAGUGGAAGCAGGGAGCCUACCGAGGCGAAGUUGUGCCGGCUGAUGACAGCUUCCAACAGGACAUUCUCGUGCCGUCAUGUAUCGAAAGCGCUCUCUCGGGCGUUAUGCAGCAGAACCAGACGUAUUCUUGGUAUUCGACCGAGUUCGACGUUCCUCACGGAUUCGCCCAAAAGGGCCGUCGAGUCUUGCUAAACUUCGAAGCUGUGGACCAUGAGGCAACUGUCUAUGUCAACGGUGAUAUGGUCGGCACUCAUAGGGGAGGCUACUGGCAUUUUAACUUCGACAUCACCAAGUAUCUUACCCCUCAUGGCACUAACACCCUACACGUCUUCGUAUUUGACCCCACAGAUCACGAAGGUUACAUGAAUCCCGUUGGAAAGCAGGCUCGUAACCCUUCGCAUAUUUUCUAUACACCUUGCACGGGUAUCUGGCAGAGCGUAUGGCUUGAGUCGGUCCCAGAGACAUACAUCAACCAGCUAGAUAUCAUCGCUGACAUGUCCGGACAAGUCAACGUGACUGUUGGAACUGCCUACGCGAGUUCUGAUCAAGUUACCGUCUCCGUCAUCGAUAGCAAAGGAAAGGAAGUGGCUUCAGCGAAGGGUGUCGCUAACCAGCCUUUUGACUUCGUUGUGGACUCCCCUAGCCUAUGGUCUCCGGACUCGCCAACUCUUUACAAUAUUACCGUUAAGCUGGGACAGGAUACCGUAAACUCAUACACAGGCUUCCGAACCUUCUCUAUCGGCGAAAUCGACGGAGUCAAGCGCCCGCUAAUCAACGGCGAAUUCAUCUUCCAGUUCGGCACACUCGACCAAGGUUUCUGGCCCGAUGGUAUCUACACGCCGCCCAACCGAGAAGCUAUGGUUUACGACCUUCAGGUCUUGAAGGAUCUAGGUCUCAACAUGCUGCGAAAGCACAUCAAAGUAGAAAACGCCCUCUUCUACCGAGCUUGCGACGAACUCGGACUAUUGCUCAUCCAGGACAUGCCGUCUAUGCCUCUUCGAACACCAGAUGCAGAGGAGCAGGCUGACUGGGAACGCCAGCUCGACAUUCUCAUCCAGCAGCACAAGAACUACCCCAGCAUUUACACUUGGGUCAUCUACAACGAGGGAUGGGGCCAGAUCACAGACUACUACCCAGAGUUCAACCUCACGGACCGCGUCAAGGCGCUUGACCCUACAAGGUUUGUCGACGCUACGACUGGUUGGCACGACCACGGCGCCGGCGACUGGCACGACAACCACCACUACGCAAACCCUCAGUGUGGUACUCCUUUCUCUUCCAUCGAAUCCACUCCUUACGACCACCAGCGCAUUGCCAUCCAAGGUGAAUUUGGAGGAAUCGGCCACAAUGUCUCCGAAGAGCACCUGUGGAAGGUAGAAGCCGCUGUGAGCAGCAUCAACCAGACCUACGAGAUCGACCUGGAUCUUGACGCGUAUAACUACCGUGGUCAUCUCCUACUAAGUGAGCUGCGCGACCAGAUCGAGAAGUACGCAUGCUCAGCUGCCGUGUGGACUCAAACCACCGAUGUCGAAGGAGAAGUCAACGGCUUCCUCACCUACGACCGCCGUAUCCUCCGUCUCGACAAGAAGCAGUGGCAAGCCGAUAUCCAGGCUCUCUACGAUGCCGCGGCAGCCCGAGGCGGCAAGGCGUCGAAGAAGAGGAUGGUGCUAUGAGUAUAAAUACCGCUAUACCCACUCAAUCUCUUAUAUACCUCUAGGUGCAGAUAUACUUCAUUAUAAAGAGUUGAUGACUGUAUGA